AUGGAUGGAUGGAUGGUUGGUGGUUGUUAAAAUAUAUAGAGUAAAACAAGUUCAGCAAAAAAACGUGCCACACGUACAACAUCAAACAUUUUUGCAAUGUUCACACAGAAUCAGAUUGCUGAAUUUAAGGAGGCAUUUCAAUUCAUCGAUCAAGACAAAGAUGGUUUGAUUAGUAAAUCAGAUUUACGACAAACAUUCGAUGCUUUAGGUCGAGUUUAUCCGGAUGAUGAAUUGCAAAAUAUGCUGAGCGAAGCUCCUGGUCCAUUGAAUUUUACAAUGUUUUUAUCGAUUUUUGGUGAACGUAUUGCUGGUGGCGAUAAUCCGGAUGUAAUCAAAGCUGCAUUCAAAACAUUUGAUCCAUUUGAAACCGGUAUGGUUAAUGUUGAAGAAUUGAGAAAAAAUUUAACACGUUUUGGUGAUAAAUUAACUGAUGAAGAAUUGGAUACAGCAUUUGCUGAAGCACAUGUCGAUUCAAAAGGUCGUUUCAAUAUUGAUUCAUAUAUCAAAUUGAUUACCGGUUCGGGUGAUGAUGAACAACAAUGAUGAUCCAGGAUUUUUUUCAAUAUUUUUUUUUUCCUGAAU